AUGGGCUCUGAAAUUGGAAUCGCCGAGGUUCAAUUGCGGAAUCUCGUUUUUCCUCAUUCACGCGACAAAAUACCAGCCGCCGUUGAAAAUCUGGCUGCUGUAUUCAAAGAAAAUUGCAAACCAGUCGCCGUGCAGAAUCUGAUUCCGGUAUAUGUUCGACCAGGUGAGCUCGAAGAGAUCCUCAAACGAUCAAACGCCAAGUCGGAGGACGUACAACGAUGUCGGCCUCCGUAUCCGCGGCUAGACCCACCCUCACACAUUAAUGCCCUCCAUGGCAGACAGCGCUUUGAGGCAGCACUGCAAAGUUUUGGACCCCAAACCUGGUGGGGUAUCAAAAUCUUCUGCAUCUCUGACAGAAGUGAUCCUGAGAUUGUACUGUACGACGAAAUGAAUCAAUUCUCCAGCCAGAAGCCGGAUUCAGACAUGGAAAUAUUUCGCCGAGUGUGUUUUCAUCAGCGAGCAGGACAAUGGAACCGGGCACAUGAGUGGCGCUUGCGCCUGAGUGAAAGCAAACGGCACUCGCUCGGGGGUCUUCUCGAAAGUGGCGCCGUCUGCGACAGGAUGUAUGAGUUGACCCAAUAUCCAGGCUUCUGCCACGGCUUGAAACUUGGAAUCAUGCAUAAACAUCUGGCGGAGCACUGUGUCGAAGAGAUUUGUUAUUAUCUGGACCACAUCAAAAAUACUUGGGCAAGAAUCACCCUCGAUAAGCUUGAAGUUCAACAAGCUACAGAUCUCAAGACGGUGGAAGCUCUGGAACGUCUGGCCCCUUCAUGUGCCUCCGUCGACCAGGAAGGUAUAAAGAGCUUAAUGCGCUCGGGGGUUCUUUUCCCUCGCAUUUCUAAUCCCAGUCUUCGUCGUGAAAUCGAACAACAGCUGUUAAAUAUAGGAGUGGUCAUACCGAGCAUCGAAACCUUCCACGAAAACAUGAGUUAUCUUCACAUUGGUAUGCGAAUACUACGGGAACAUCUGCUAGGUCGCCCUAUGAUGGUCAAAGGCGAAACUGUUGCCCAGGACAUGCGAAGCAUCUGGAGCCCAGGAGCAAACUUAACUGAAUACGCAGAAGAUCAGUUUUAUCCCGCAAUUUCUUGCCCAGACUUCUCUAUGUCAUAUCAAAUAAUCUUCAUCUCGGCUCUUAGAAACUUCCCUCGAUUAUCUACAGAUAGACCAAAAAUGGAGCGUGGACAGGAGACAAUAGGUGCUGGAAUUGAUGAACAGUAUUUAGCGAGAUUCUUGCGACAUGCGCAAGCCCUAGGAUUUACAUCAAGUACAAUAGAAAACAAGUUGCGCCAACUGCCUCCAACCACGACACCACCGAGUCUCAUACCGGUUUCUACAUAUAAGACUCAAGAGCCCAAUAUAAAGAGGAGAACCGGGCGCCCUUAUGCGGGAUCAUACAAUGUUAUAUCGCGCCAUCUUUUCCUGCCAGAGAUGCUCAGAAACACCGAAAUUGGUGCGUACCCAAGCAUUAUUUUCAUCCAAACGGACUUUAUGCGUUCUUUUUUCCAUGAAUUUCCCGAUCAUCCCGCCGUCAUAGCCCAGAACCCCGGCGCAGACACAGCGCAAUCGAGGACAAGCAUUCCAACAGGUAACGAACCACUGCCCGUGGCAGGUUCUUCAUUGGCAAAUACCCCAGUGCAGACUGUCGACGUUCCUCAAUCAAGUCCAGCAUUAGCAAUGUCACAAAGCCCAAAUACGAGCUUUCAGUUGCCGGCUCCUGUCUUGUCUGCUGCCGUCUCAGCUCGGGGCCGUAGACAGCUGCAACACCAAGAUUCUGAGAGCGUGCGAUCAAUCCUAUCGCCACCUCAACCAGCAAGACAUCAGGGUGGUGAUCAUCCGUCCGUCAGUCCUCCAAGCAUUAACAUCAACCUUGAACCGAGUGCUCCCUAUCAAAUUACUCAAUUUAGGGAUACAAUCAGUUCCAUUCAAAGUCAAGAUACGCAGGGCUCAGAUUCAACAGGUCGAACAAUCCUCGCACCGUCUGAUCUGUACGGGUAA